AUGACCUCUCAACUAAUCUCUCAGACUCUGGAACUAUCGCAAUUGAUGGUGGUACAUAAAACAACCUUCAUCAAGCACAACGAUUUGGAUACGAAGAGGAACCAGGAUGGGCUGAACAAAGUCAAAGAAACCAAUAUGUUCACUGUGGACAAAUAUAACAGUCUGCAGAUUGGCUUUUUUCCCAAUGAGAGGGCUUUUUAUGAGAUAUCAGACUGCGGCAUGCUAGAAACUAAUCUUAAGCUUCCCUCUCGUCGGCUGCUAUUGUAUGUGAAAAUUGCCUAUAUUCACAAGAGAAAGACAGGCGGAGAGCAUAGACAAGAUUGUGCAUUUCUUGGUAACUGGAAAGGCCAUUCUGUAACAAAGCGCAGUGGAGUUUAUGGAGCAACAAUUGCUGAAGCUGAUACAGUUGCUUUUUAA